AUGAUGUCACUGUUUAACCAAAAUUUAAAUGUCGAAUAUACCCCUAGUCCAUCGCGGCCGCCCUCGCCCACCGCCACUAGCCACCUCCGGCCUCCACCACCAUUGGCCGCCCACCGCCGUCAGCCGCCUCCGUCGCCGCUGGCGGCUGCUGUCGUCGGCCACCCACGGCCACCGCCAGCCGCCCAUGGCCAUCAUCGGCCGCCUACGACAGCCCACCGCCGUUGGCCGCCACGGCCGGCCGCCGGUCGUCGCCGGGCCCACCGCCACCACCGUCGGCCGUCACCACCGGCAGCCAUCUCCGGCCGUUACCAUCGCCCACCACCGUCGGCCACCUCCGGCCUUUGUCGCUGUCGGCAGCCACUGUCGAUCGCUAUCGCCGCCGGCGGCCACUGCCGGCCACCGCCGCUGCCGACGACCACCGUCGGCUGCCCACCGCCGUUGGCCGCCACUGUCGGUUGCCAGCCGCCGCCGGCCGUCACCGUUGGCAGUCACCGUCAUCGACGGUCGUCGCCGCCACAGUCGGCUGUCACCGUCGCCGUCGGUCGUUGUCACGGUGGCGGUCGUUGCCGGUUGCCGAUGGCGGCCGUUGACGGUUACCGGUGGCGGCGGAGGAGGCCAACGGUGGCGGCCGCUAGUUGCCGCAGGCUCCAACAGAGGUGCGGCGACCAUCAGUAA